AUACCUCUUCUUCCUCCGAAUUCAUUUCAUUUCCCCAAAUUUUCCUCUAACCUAAGCAAACCAAAACCCAACCCGACCCGAACCCAAAACCCGAUAACAAAACCCACUUAAACCCGGGUUGGACUCCAGCCGCCAUGACUCGACGGUGCUCCCAUUGCAGCCACAAUGGGCACAACUCUCGAACCUGUCCGAACCGAGGGGUCAAGCUUUUUGGAGUCCGAUUAACCGAUGGUUCAAUCAGAAAAAGUGCUAGUAUGGGUAAUCUCUCUCUUCAUCAAAACGGUGUCGUUGGGAAUACUUCUCCUGCCGCCGGUGAUCUUACUCCUGAUCACGUGCCUCCUUCUGCCGACGGUUAUGCUUCUGAGGAUUUUGUUCCUGGUAGUUCUUCUAGUCGUGAACGUAAAAAAGGUGUUCCAUGGACAGAGGAGGAACAUCGAAUGUUUUUGUUGGGCCUGCAAAAACUUGGGAAGGGUGAUUGGCGGGGGAUAUCACGUAGUUAUGUGAUAUCAAGGACGCCAACCCAAGUCGCUAGCCAUGCACAGAAAUAUUUCAUUAGGCAAUGCAAUGUGUCUAGAAGAAAAAGACGCUCUAGCUUGUUUGAUAUUGUAGCGGAUGAGGAGGGCGAUACACCAAUGGCGGCACAUGAUUUCCUCCCUGAGCAUCCAUCUGAUGCUCAAACACAGAAUAAUAACCACCCAUUGCCUCCUGCUCCUAUUCUUGAUGAAGUAUGUGAGUCAAUGGCAUCUAGCAACUCAACCUCCAAUGAGGUGGAACCUGAUUUACCUAAGCAGGAAGGCGUGGAACCCUCUCAAAGCAGCUCUGUCUCAACCAACCCUCCCCCAAACUACUACCCUGUUGUAUACCCUACUUAUGUGUCUCCUUUCUAUCCGUAUCCUGUCCCAUAUUGGACCGGCGGUAAUCCCGAACCAACCAAGGAGACACAUGAGGUGGUUAAGCCUACAGCAGUACAUUCAAAGAGCCCAAUCAAUGUUGAUGAACUUGUUGGCAUGUCAAAAUUGAGCUUGGGGGAGACCAUUGGCAGUGGAGAGCCAUCGAGUUUGUCACUGAAAUUGCUUGAUGGUUCCUCUAGACAAUCUGCGUUCCAUGCUAAUCCUACCCCUGGUAGCCCAGAUAUGAAUUCUUCUGGUGGCAGCCCAAUCCAUGCAGUCUGAUUGUAUAAGUGCAGGUUAGUGUUGUUAGGUUUUAGCUCAAAGCUCGAACUCGAGCGCAGCAGUUCUAAUGUCAAUAUAAGAAUGAUAUAUGUGCAGUUUGUUUUUUUUAGCAUAAUGUUUUUGUUCGUGAGAUUAUGUAUAGGUAGGUGGUAUGUUCUGUUAAAACUCUUAUUCUUUUUUAGGGUUUGGAAUUGUGUGUUACCGUAUACAAAUGUUCACCAAGUGGCCGAUUCGUAUCCUGAAGCUGGAAUCAUGCCUAAAAAUUUUAUACAUUUUUUUUUUUUAUUAAGCCAGUACUAAAUUAAUAGACCGUCAUAUUUAAUCUCUGUA